AUGUCGAGAAUGCCUGCUCUUCUACUGCCAGAUACAGCAGCGCCCUUUGCCCCCCGCUCGCCUCCUACCGUUGUACUGAAUACAACAGUUGAUCCAUGGUUGACCGCCACACUGAAACGGAUUAAUCGUAUCAAGCGUCCCCUCAACAGCGUUCCUCAGCACAUGAAAUGUUUAAUUGAAACUCUCUCACAAAUCUCAGCGAUCUGGAAUCUCUGCAGUCUCAUGGUAGCACGUGCGCCCGAAGCAGAAAUCGAAAGACAUGAAAACCCCUUGCUGGACGCUAUCUACCGGUACCAACUCAUCCAUAUCAAGGCAUAUGUUGUCCAUAUCGACCUGGUCCUCUCAAACGAAAUCGCCUUCAAGCUUUCACAGGACACGAUAAAGGAUCUUAUCCAAUAUCACCAGGAUGUAUUUCUUGUGGAUCAGGCGGCGACAACCUGGCACUGGACUGACAAGGAUACGCAAAUGAAGAGGCUGCAUGAGGAAUUUGUCCAAACUGUCAACAAAUUCGUGUAUCGAACGGAUGCAGUUGCGCUGGAAGGCAUGGAAGAUGACGGCGCUGGUGAACUUCUCUGCGGGCGGAGCGAUGAUGUCAGGAACCUCGUGAUGGGGUUUUUCCUACCCUUGUUGCCGCCUCCACCUAGAAUCGUGGAUGUUGUUCGUGCCCCUCCUCCCCUGCUUCCCAGCUCGCCUGGGACUACAAAUUGGUGGUCGCCAACCCCGCCCGCUCCGCCGCCAUCACUACCACCGCCUCCUCCGGUUGAGGCUUGGAAGAUACUACCAUCCAGCCCCGAUACAGACAGUCCACCCACGUCAAACUCAACAAUGUAUCCGUCGAUCUGGGGGAAUAUGGGUAUGUCGGAUAUGUCCAGCAUGAGCUCACCCACAACGCACCAGCAGCAACAGCAGCAACAGCAGCACCAGCACCAGCAGCAUCAGAAUCAGCAACAGCAGCAAUAUUCUCAGCCGCCUUCGCACCAACUGCCCUUGACACCUCUUCCGCUUCCGCUUCCGAGCUUGUUGGCCCAACAGUGCAGCACUGGGAGUGGUUUUGGCGGUUUCGGUUGGGAUAGGUACCAAGAAUAUGCAACAACCAUGUGA